AUGAGCAAGCGCCGCAUCGGCGGGCACUUCGGCGCGGCUUUGGGCGCUGCUACGAAGCGCCAGCGCGAUUGGCGGGAUGAGGUAGAAGAGGAAGCGCCGGCCGACAGCAAGGCUGACGAGGAUGAUGACUCAGAAGAGGCAAUGCUGGACCCAGGCACACCGCUUCCCUCGGAGGAAGAGGAAGAGGCUGCGCCGAAGGUGGACGAUGCGCCGGCUUCUGCCCCUGAUGCUGCGGCUGAGGCUGACGCAGCGCCAACAGAUGCGCCGCCCGAAGAAGCAGCAGCAGCAGCAGCAGCAGCAGCAGCAGCCGCGGAGGCUGAAGCAGUGACUGAUGCAGGCCCUGCCAGCGCAUCGAAUCCAGUGGUUUGUACCUUGGAGGUCAUUGUGGGCAAGAACAAGGUCGGCGAGCUGCGCAUCUUGCUGCCUUUGGGCUUGGACCCGGACAGCGAGCAGAGGCUCUCCGCCUGCGUCGCGCCGGACGGGGGCUCCGCCGACUUCGUCGCCGGGGUCUGUGGCUUCGGAGGUCACGAGAUUCCCGGCACCAAGAAGGAGCCGGAGAAAGGCGGGGGCCGAAGGGGAGAACCCUCCAAGCCUCGCCUUGGGCGCGGAUCCCGCGGAUCCCGCGUCGCGCGCGACGCGAUGCACCGGGUGCUGGUGGUGGGCGCCGGCGCCACGGGCGCCUCCGCCUGCUGGCGCCUGCGGCAGCUGCUGCCCGAGAUGCAGCUGGAGGUCUGGGAGAAGGCCCGUGGCCCAGGACUGGACGACGGCUUGUUGCGAAGGUAUGUGUCCCUUGAGGAGGACGCCUUGAGUGCUCAAGUACGCGAGCUGCUGCUGUCCUCGGGCGUGUGUUGCGAGGUGCCGCCGGAGCGCCUGGCCUGGACCCCAGAGCGCCAGGAAAAUGCGAAGCACCUGGCCGGAGUUGAGGGGGGCGUCAAUGACGCGUUGAAGCUGCUCUUGAAGGAGGCGCGCGCGGAGCUUCGCUACGAGCUGCGGGCGGAAGCCGUGUCUAAGAUACGGGAACUGUGGCGGGUGGUUCCAGCAAAACGUUUCAGGUCUCUUUGA